CAUGGUGCGGUGUGUGGACCUAGACUGUAUCUGAUUUGGAAUUAUUUUUGCUGCUUUUAUCAGCCGUACGGACGAUCGGACGGUUCGCAGAAUUCUGCGAGAAUAAACUCAGUUGCUGCAUUUCGAGAGCAACGCGAAAUUUUAAUUCAGUUGUCAGGAGGUAGCAGCUAAAAUGGUGCAAGCAGUGCCCGAAAAAAUUGACUUCCCUAAAGAGGAGGAAAUUGUUUUGGAGCUGUGGAAGAAGAUUGAUGCAUUUCAGACAUGCCUGAAGCAAUCAAAGGGCAAGCCUAGGUACACAUUCUACGACGGUCCGCCCUUUGCUACUGGCCUGCCGCAUUAUGGCCACAUCCUGGCUGGUACAAUCAAAGACAUUGUCACUCGGUAUGCUCAUCAGAAGGGAUUUCACGUCCAAAGACGUUUCGGAUGGGAUUGCCACGGCUUGCCAGUUGAAUUUGAAAUCGACAAGCUGUUGGGGAUCAAAGGCCCUGAGGACGUGGCCAAAAUGGGCAUCGCAGCGUAUAACAAUGAGUGCCGGAAGAUUGUGAUGAGAUACUCAUCUGACUGGGAGACGGUCAUUAGCCGGCUUGGGCGUUGGAUUGAUUUCAGAAAUGAUUACAAAACUUUGUACCCGAGCUUUAUGGAGAGCGUUUGGUGGGUUUUCAACACGCUCUACACGAAAGGACUGGUUUACCGAGGUGUCAAGGUGAUGCCCUACUCCACGGCCUGCAACACUCCUUUGUCAAAUUUUGAGUCUGGUCAGAACUACAAAGAAGUCCAGGACCCUGCAGUUGUUGUAAACUUCCCUUUGCUCGAUGAGCCUGAUGUGGCACUAGUUGCGUGGACAACCACUCCGUGGACAUUGCCCAGCAAUAUGGCCCUUUGCGUCAACCCUGAAUUGAAAUAUGUCAAGGCCAAAGAAAAAUCAACUGGUAAAAUUUACAUCAUCAUGGAGUCUAGAGUUGAGGCUCUUUUCAAGUCGCCUGAUCUCUAUGAAGUGAUUGGCUCGAUGCUGGGCAAGGAACUGAAGGGCAAGAAAUACAAGCCAAUUUUUGAUUACUUUGCUCAUCUGCAAGAGAAAGGAGCUUUCCAAGUUCUCAACGACGGAUACGUCACUGAAGAGUCUGGUACUGGCAUUGUCCACCAAGCUCCAUACUUUGGCGAGGACGAUUACAGGGUUUGCCUGGCUGCUGGCGUCAUCAGCAAAGAGCAGGACAUCAUUUGCCCAGUGGACGCCAGUGGCAAGUUCACCGCGCCCGUCAAGGACUUUGAAGGAAUCUACGUGAAGGAGGCCGACAAGUACAUCAUCAAGAUGUUGAAGGAGAACGGCCGACUGGUCACAGCUGGAACGGUCAACCACAGCUACCCCUUCUGCUGGCGCUCUGAAACUCCUCUCAUUUACAAAGCCGUGCCUUCAUGGUUUAUUCGAGUUGAGCAAAUGAGCCAGAAACUUCUUGAAAGCAACCAAAGCACUUACUGGGUGCCUGAUUUUGUCAAGGAGAAGCGGUUCGCCAACUGGUUGAAAGACGCUCGUGACUGGGCUGUGAGCCGCAACCGGUAUUGGGGAACUCCGAUUCCUCUCUGGGUUUCUGAUGACAUGCAGGAAGUGGUCUGCGUUGGCAGCAUUGAAGAGCUGUGUGCCCUCUCAGGUCAAAAGGUCGUGGAUCUUCACAGGGAAAGCAUCGAUCACAUUACAAUCCCUUCAAAGCGACCUGGCCACGCUCCGCUCAAAAGGGUGACUGAAGUGUUUGAUUGCUGGUUUGAAUCUGGCUCAAUGCCUUACGCACAGUCCCACUAUCCUUUUGAAAACCGAAAGGUAUUUGAUGAAAGUUUCCCUGCUGACUUCAUUGCCGAGGGAAUUGACCAAACGCGUGGCUGGUUCUACACUCUGCUUGUAAUUUCCACUGCUCUGUUCAACAAAGCACCAUUCAAAAACCUCAUUGCCAAUGGCCUUGUUUUGGCCGCUGAUGGACAGAAGAUGUCAAAGAGUAAGAAGAACUAUCCUGAUCCCAUGGAGGUCGUGCAUAAAUACGGCGCUGAUGCUCUCCGUCUGUAUUUGAUCAACUCCCCUGUAGUGAGAGCGGAAAACUUGCGCUUCAAGGAGGAUGGCGUGCGAGACAUUUUGAAGGAUGUCUUCCUGCCUUGGUACAAUGCAUACCGAUUCUUUGUCCAAAACGUGGAGAGGCUUCAAAUGGAUUCAGGAUCAGCCUUCCAAUACAAAGAGGAGACUUUGAGCGUGCUGGCCAACACCAUGGACAAAUGGGUUCUGUCUUUCACCCAAUCCUUGCUAGAGUUUGUCAAGCAAGAAAUGGCUGCUUACCGGCUCUACACUGUGGUGCCAAGACUUGUCCAGUUCAUUGAAAACCUUACUAACUGGUAUGUGAGGAUGAACCGAAAGAGGCUGAAGGGUGAAGGUGGCGACGCAGACUGCAAUCAAGCACUGAGCACUCUCUUCAAAGUUCUGUACUCGAUGACGUGUGUGAUGGCGCCCUUCACUCCAUUCUUGACUGAGCUCAUGUACCAAAACCUGAAGCACCUGAUGCCUAACCCUCAAGACUGCGUGCACUACGUCAUGAUGCCUGAGCCGCAGCUUGACCUCAUCGACAAAGACAUCGAGCGCUCGGUCGCCAACAUGCAGUCGGUCAUCGAACUCGGCAGGGUCAUCAGAGACAAGCACUCUCAGCCAAUGAAGUAUCCUCUGCCCGAGAUCGUUGUCAUUAGCAAAGACCAGCAGACACUGAACGACGUCAGGGCACAGCAACAGUACAUCUUGGAGGAGCUCAAUGUUCGCAAUUUGACCGUCACCAGUGACAAAGAGAGUUAUGGAGUGGUCAUGAGGGCUGAACCAGACCACAAAACUCUCGGUUCGCGGCUCAAGGGAUCUUUCAAAGCUGUUUCCCAAGCUAUUAAGGAUUUGAAAGACUCUGAGAUUCAGCAGUUCCUGAAUACUGGUACCAUCGAUAUUCUUGGGCACACGCUCAGCCCAGAAGACAUCAGAGUGAUGUUCACAUUCAGUGGAUCAUCAACUGCGGGUGUCAACAAGCAAUAUGAGGCCCAUUCUUCUGGACAGAUCAUUGUCCUGCUUGAUUUGAAAGCUGACCAGUCCAUGGUUGAAGAAGGAAUGGCUAGGGAGGUGAUCAACCGCAUGCAGAAGCUGAGGAAGAAGGCAGGACUGGUGCCAACCGACCAGGUCACAAUUUUCUAUGGCGUCACACCUAAGGAUAGUGAACUGGAACGCAUCAUUCAGUCUUACCUCAACUUCAUUGAAAAUACGGUGAAAAUGCCCAUCAAGCCUAAAGCACAACUUACUAACGCCAACCUCAUCAUGGAUGAAAAACAACAGUUGAUGGGGUCUGAACUGUACAUUGCUGUCGUGGGAGAUGUGAAAAGAGUCUCUCCACAGAAAGAGACUUCCCCGCCAAAGACUUCUAAGCAAAGAAAUCCUGUUUGCAAGUUUGUCAACGUUGUCCUUAGUGAAACUGUUAAAGGGCAAAGGCAAGAAGGCACCAUCUUCUUGGAGAAUCCACAAGGCGCAAACCCAAUCACUUUUGAAGGCUUUUUGAAUGAGAUUGACAGAAUCUUCCAAUUAAAUGGUAGAAAAUUCAAGGUAUUCGAAGGUGGAAAGGAGCUGUUGGCUGGAUCAGUUAACUCUCUAUCUAGCAAAACCAUUUUAGUGGCGUCACUCAGAGACAGUGCUCCGCCAAAACUGAAUCCAGUAACUGGACCUAUCUGCAGUUUUGUGGAUGUUAAGUGCAAGAACAAGACAGUGUCGGUUCAGCUGGAGAAUCCCAAAGGGGUUGAUGUGGCGCACGAAGACCUAUGCAAGCUGGUUUCCUCCAUUUUCGAUGUAGCCGCUGCUAACAUGCCGAGAAGUUUUAAGGUUGAUGGUCAAUCUCUAACCUUGAACGUUUAAUUGCAUUAUUACAUUGCAACGCAGAGUUCAUUUCUUGAUAAUUUAUAUUUUGUUUCUGUCUGAAUUUUAAUUUUGGGCGUUUCUUAAUAAAAAUUAAUCUGGUAUUAAA